AUGAGUGAAUCUCCAGGAGCAGGAAGGUUAGCUGAAGAGGACCAGGAUCAAGGGAUGAGAGGAGAAGCUGAUGGCUGGAAAGCUGAUGAAAAUCUUGUAACAAUGCUGUGCAGUAUGGGAAUAUCGAAAAAUGUUGCUGAGAAGGUUUAUCCUGACCUUGGUGCUCGCUGUGGGGAUUCAUAUAAAAUGGUGUUUGUUGUCAACAGUGAGUUAAACAUGGGCAUCGGCAAAUCAGCUGCACAGGUGGGACAUGCGUCUAUUGCAUUGUAUCGAAUUCUCCUACGAGAGCAAUCAACAUUUGCAGAGAUGCUAUUUAACUGGGAAGACAGUGGGGAAACCAAAAUAGUAGUAAGUGGUGAAAAUGCACAACAUUUAACAGUUUUGCAGGAAAAGGCACUUUCACUUGGUUUACCACAAUAUUUGGUUCGAGAUGCUGGUAAAACUCAGAUACCAAGUGGCUCUGUCACAGUGUUAGUUAUGAUGGGAUUGACCAGUAAGGUUGACACAAUAACAGGAGACCUUAAAUUACUGUAG